ACGAAGCACUGGGGCUUGGUCUUGAAGUUUUCAGAUGCAUCUGUAGAUGAAUCAUAACAGCAUCAAGAUGUCGGGACGAUCAGGCCGCGCCGAGACCCGCAGUCGAGCGAAAGAUGACAUCAAAAAGGUUCUGGCGGCCAUCGAGAAAGUGCGCAAAUGGGAGAAGAAAUGGGUGACAGUUGGAGACACGUCCUUACGCAUAUUCAAGUGGGUUCCAGUAACAGAAACAAAGCAGAUAUAUCGGACCAAAUCCACAGGUGGCGAUGUUAGAGGGCUGAAAGAUGUGGUCUUGGAAAACACAAACUCUUUACUGGAUUUUGCUGAUGAAAACAGCAACCAGAGCUUUCUGUCAGAUGUUUACCAGCCUAAAAUGGAUAACAGCAGCAGCACCUCCAGCUCACAGCAGGUCAGCCCUCCACAUACCUCCAGCCUCAGAGCUGAAGACUCCCAGCCCCCAAUGCUGGGCCAGGAGAGUGUGGAUGACCCGGUUCACUCAGGACAGGAGGGCGCUGAUGAGCCUCCAACUCUCACCAAGGAGGACCUUCUUUCAUCAGGGACAGUCAGACGGAGCACCCUCGAGUCACAGGAGGAGCUGGAUGAAUCAGGGGCCCCUCCUUUAAAGAAAAUUUGCACAGGAGAAAAUGCUGUUCUGAGAUAGCUUAUUUAUUAACCUAUUUUGUCAAAAUGCACAUAUUUUUGUGCACACCUGUUGUUGGCUGUUGUCAGUUAAGCUUUCAAGAUUUUGAAAUAAUUUGAAGGUUCCAUAUGACAUGUAUGCAAAUGACAAAUAACAAAAAAACAAAAAAAUCUGCAGAACCUUUGUUCACUUUAAAAGGUCUGUAAAAGGAUUGUAUGUUUGUUAAGCUAUUCUUUCUUUAGUCACUGCUAAUAACAGGCAGUGCUCAUUUCCAUUCACUUAUUAUAAAUGUUUAGUUCUCUGGGAACUAACUGUUUAUUAUUUACUCUUAUUGCAGUCGAUCUUUACUCUUGCAUGUUUCCAUAGCAUUUUGCUUUUAUUUAGAUGUACAUGCCAGUUUUAAACCAUUUUACAUGCGUAGGAUCAUGCAGAUUGAUGUUUAGAUGUGCCAUUAUUGUAUUAAACAUGACUCUCUCAAAGACUGA